AUGUCAUCCUCUCAUGUACCUCCUGUUAUCGUUGUGGGCGCCAGUCUCGUAGGCUUGUCCGCAGCACUAUGCUUGGCCUCAUACCAAGUACCAACCAUCGUGCUUGAAAAGCAUUCCGGAGUUUCCUCACACCCUCGCGCAAUUGGAUUUACAGCUCGGACAAUGGAAAUCUACCGCUCUCUUGGUAUUGAAAAUACGGAUCCCGCGCCAGAGGAUUUUGAGCUGAAACGUCUCCGUGUCGAAAGCUUGACGGGCAAGUGGUUUGAGCGGAGCUCGUGGUCUGAUGCUGAAAAGAGGCAUGACCAUAAAGAUAUGCCAGAAAAGCAGCCCCAAAGUCCCCGUCCUCCAAAGAAAGAAUACUCCGCUUCUCGGGGAUCAGCGAUCCCCCAGGACAAACUUGAACCUCUCCUUGAAUCACUCGCAUUGGAACGAGGGGCAGAGAUUCGACGCCAACAGACCGUUCUCAAGGUUGACCAAGAUGAGAAUGGAGUUACAGUAACAGUCCAGGACUCACAGGGCAAAACCCACCAAAUUCAAGGCUCGUACCUCAUCGCAGCAGACGGAAACCGCAGCACAAUCCGCGAACAACUCCAAAUUUCGCGCCAAGGCCGCGGCUUCAUGCAAAACCUCCGCAGCGUACUUUUUCAUGCUCCACUCGAGCAAUUUACGAAAGGUAUUGUUCAGUUCGAAAUCGAGCAGCCAACCCUGAAAGCCCUCCUGGUCUCCUACAAUGAUGGACGCUGGGCAUUGAUGUUCCGGGACGACAUCGAGCGCGAUGGUACAGCUCUCCUUGCUGCAAUCUACCAAGCUGUCGGCGAUUCCUCUGUCCCGGUUGACAUUAUCACGACGGGCAAAUGGGAACUCACGGCUCUGGUCGCUGAAACCUUUCAAUCCGGACGUGUUUUCUUAGCUGGUGAUGCAGCGCACACCCUGCCUCCAAACCGCGGUGGAUACGGUGCAAACACUGGUAUCCACGAUGUGCAUAACCUUGCUUGGAAGCUUGCCGCUGUGUUAAAUGGACGGUCUUCUCCGAAGCUUUUGGAUACAUAUGAUGCUGAGCGGAGGCCUGUUGCUCUUCUCCGUCAUGAUCAGAUCUUUGUUCGUGCGGACUAUAAAGUUCAUCUGGAUACCAAGACUGCUACUGGAGAAAAGAUUGACGAUGAUGCUAUGGAGUUUGGCCAGAUAUACUCGUCAGAGGGGUUUAUUGGUGUUGAUACAGGUAUUCCUCGUGCGAGAAAGCCGGAUGAGUGGGCUGGUCAGCCUGGAACGCAUUUGCCUCAUUUCUUGAUCAAGAGUAAUGAAGAAAGAGUUCCUAUUCUGCAUGUUGUUCCACGGAAAUCUUGGACACUUAUUUCCGCUUCUGCCGAGUGGGAGACUGUCUUAUCCAGCGUAAACGGGAUGUCUCGGAAUACGAUUCGGUCUGUUCGUGUGGAUGACCAGUUGGAGGAAUUUCAACAGACCUUUUCAAUAUCCGAGACUGGUGCUGCUCUUAUUCGCCCGGAUGGAUAUAUCACUUGGAAAGUGGAGGAGAUUCCUGUCAAUCCGAUUGACGUUAUUAUGGCGACGCUGUGUCAAGUUGCCUUUGAGGGGAAUUCGUAG